GCUAACCGUGCCGCCCUUAUUUUCAGUGUCUUGCACUUUAUUCUAUUACUUUACUUUUCUUUUACAAGCUAAUAAUGCUAUAGUUGUAAAUAGAUUCAUGAAUACCAACAAUCAGAAAAUGCAUGUAUUCAAAUGGUUUAACUUGAGGAUAAUUCUGGUAUAUGAAUUUCUCGUUGUCAUCAAAUAACUAAUUACUAAGAAGUAUUGUCUGUCUGCUUCAGAAUGAAUCCUACCGUUUCAGAAUAAAAGUAUAGAUAUUUCUGGCAGAAAGCAUGCAUGAAUGAAUGAACUUUCCUAUUGUGCUCAAGGGUCAACGUUGACUUUCAGUUCUUCACGUAAAACAAAGAGUGCUCACCUGAAUGAAAGUAAUUAAUAUGUUUGACCCCUCAACCUUCAGUCCACACUGUUGAACUUUAUUACCCUAGUCGAUAGCACUGCAAAGUGCAAACAGACUUUACCAAAGCAGAUGAUUAAUAAAACUUACACAGAGGUUUAGACUUUAUUAAGCUAAGAGGAGGAUGAUGACUUUACAGGAUAUUUAUGAUGCAACCAGCAUCCAAUGGAUUAACUUGAUUAAAGCGAUGUUUUGCAUAUGGAAAUAUUGUCAAGCACUUUAAAACACUCAAGAGGGUUUAUCCAGGUUGUCUUUGUCGGAAUUACUGGAGGAUCAACACCAUGGAGCUCAAAUGUCAACCGUAGAAUACAUUUCAACAGCUGGAUUUGAGAUUUUGAAAAUCAGCAAUGGAUUGUUCCGUUCCUCUGAGUGUUCUUUUCUUUGGAGUUAACUUCAUCUCCUGCUCUCACUUACCACCACUACGUAAGUACUACUAUGUUGACAAAUUGAUGACCUGGGCUGGAGCUCAGCGUUACUGCAGAGAGGAAUACACCGACCUGGCGACCUUCGAAAGCACGGAUGAUGUCAGCAGGCUGCCACCUGACACCAAACCAUCUAGAUGGAUCGGACUGAGUGACGACCCUAAAUCGUGGAGGGGCACCAUGGGUAAUGACCCCAACUCCUGGAGAUGGUCAUCGACUGGUGAAACCAGUAGAACCGGUUACCAGAACUGGGCGGCGGGGAAACCAGCCAAUCCCCUGCAGACCUGUGCUGUGAUGCUCGCUGAUGGACGAUGGAAUGAAAAUUCCUGUGAAUCAGCUUUAUAUUUUUUUUGUUACACUGAGACGUACCAAGCAACGAAAAGCUUUGUGUUAAUACAACUUUCAAAAAGCUGGUCUGCUGCCCGCGACUACUGCAGAGAACACUACACAGAUUUAGCCAAGAUUGAGAAUGAUGAGGAAAAGAAUGAGGUCAAUUCCGCAAAUCCAAGCCAUGGCAUAGUUUGGAUCGGUCUGUACCGAGUAUCGUGGACUUGGUCCGACAAGUCACAAAGCUCCUUUAGAGUCUGGGCUAGUGGUGAGCCAAAUAGUGGCAAAAUGAUAGAAAUCUGUGCCGCUCAGUAUCGAUCACAUCAAUGGAUUGACACCCUCUGCUUCAACCAAUUACCUUUCAUCUGCCAUCAAGUUAUCACAUUGAAGACCACGCUCAGGAUGAAGUUUGAGACUGAUGCUGAUAUCACAGAUCCAGCUCUUAACACCCAGAUCCUGCAGCAGCUGAGUGCAGCGCUGACACGUAAGGGAUUCACUGACUUCAAGCUGAGAUGGAAGAUUCCGCCCAAAAAGCAGGAGAAGACCACGGAAACUCAAUGUGUCAUAAAUGGAUGACAUAUUUAUUUUAAUUGCAAGCAUACUAAGUUACAAUAAUGUUUUGUUUUAUCUUUGUUAUUCGAGAAUGAUAUUAGACUUCAGCUAAUAGUUUUGUCUUUUUAUUGUUUGCAUGCUUGUUAAAUUGGGAACGCCUCAGGAUCCCCCAGUCACAGCUGGUAGAUGUGGUCCUGGAAAAGGAAGUUUGGGGUUCUCUGCUCCAACUGUUGCCCUCGUAACCCGACCCUGGGUGAGCGGUUAAAUAAGAGAUGGUGUGUAUACAAAGGGUAACCAUGGCCAAUGUCAUGCUUUGCAGAUGGAAAUGUUAGUGAGGGCACAUUCCUUAAAGUACUUAUUAGCUGGCGUCUGUAUAUCUAGAGGAUAAGAAAGUUCAGAUCCCAGCAACGAUUGUGAGUGCGCUUCUGUAUUGCAGGGUAACAAGUGAUGAAAUACAGUUCCACUGCAAGUUGACAAUAUUCUCUGCAAGAAAAAGAAGUAAAACUGUUCAAAGA